ACCAUUACAAAAUUUAACAUUACAAAAUUUACGGUCACACCAGCGUAUUAAGUACUUGCAUUUCGCUUAUCAACAAAGUGGUUCAGAGCUUUUUUUGACGGUUUGGUUUUGUUGAUGUCCCUUCUUUUCACAGUUAUAGGUCUGCUAGUAGCCUAGUUUGCUCUGCACCACCGUAGCUUCGCGAAUCCACUGCAGUUUGCACAGCAAUCAGUCGAUUGAAUUCUCUUCACAUCUCAAGAACCGACUUGGUUUGAUCCGUUAUCAACGGAAUUUGGAUACAGAUUGUUACCGGUUGACGGUAUUGUAGAAUGUCUUCUGGUACUCCCUUGAAUCCCAAGCCUUUUUUGAACGCCCUCACUGGCAAAUCAGUGAUUGUGAAGCUGAAAUGGGGCCUGGAAUAUCGGGGGUUCUUGGUGUCCGUGGACGGCUAUAUGAAUCUCCAGUUGGCCAAUACCGAAGAGUACGUGGAAGGCGCCCUAACGGGAAACCUGGGCGAGGUGCUGAUUCGCUGCAACAAUGUGCUUUACCUUCGUGGAGUGGACGAAGAAGAGGAAGACGGCGAAAUGAAGGAGUAACUCCCUUUGCUCGCCAUUCAGCUUCCGCACCAACCAAUGCGGGAUAAUUUUUUAUGUUGAGCGCUUCGCGUUCUGGCCUCGGUCUCUUCCCCCGUCAUUUCCUAAUGAUUUUUCGUUGUUGUUGAUAUUUCAUUAAGUUUGUUCAUUGCACUUAAUUUUUUAAAUAUUGAGGGGAAAUUAAAGAAUUCCCAGUUUUCCAUGUUGCUUUUAAUUUGAGCUUUUGUCGUUUGCCUCUCACUGCUCUCAGUUUUUCAUUAAAUGCACUCGAAGAAA